AUGAUUAACCGUGGAGGCAGAGCGGGGAUCCCUUUCCGGAGACUCCCCUUGAGGAACCCAUCGCCUCAGCCGCCGCCCGAACUGAAGAACUCCCAUGAGCCGACGCCAAAACAAUGUGCUGAAGUCAAAGAGAUUCUUGCGAAGACCGCCAACUUCCCGCCUGAGCUGAUUGACAUUAUUAUGGAUUUUGCUGAGUAUUGGGCAUGCUCGGCGGCCAGUAUCGACUACUCGGCAACCUCUAAUAAACAAUUUAGUGUCCACGGCGGCCGUUAUGAUGAAAAUCAAUUUCUUCUACGAACUGAACCGCUAGGGCUUUCUACGUGGCAUUCGGACGAUAAAGAACGCUGGCUAAAGGCGGCUCCCGCACGCAAACUGGGCGAAGAAUACCCCCGAGAAGAGCUUGAGCGCUUUGUCGAGGGACCUCCAUCGACACUAGAUCAACCGUGUCGGAAGAUCGUGUUUGAUAUCGUUAGUCGGGAUCAAGGAUGGAGUCAUGAUGUCGACACCCAUGGCACCUUCAAGUCCUCUUGGACGUGGUUUGAUGCUGGCAUUGACCGUUUCGAUAAGUCACACAGGGAUUCAGAUGAGGAUACCGAAAAGUCCGAAGAUAAAGCUUCGGAUAGUGCUAGGAAGGUCCCAACAACAGGCGCCAUACGCCCGAUAUGGCCGUCUCUAAAAGAGAAUCAAUCCGAGUAUGAUCAUCAGCUUCACCCUAUAGCUGACCAUAAGAUUCAAUGUAAUCGUGUUGCAGAGCAUGAAUGGCAACACCACCGCAUUGAGUGGUCAUGGACAGAUGACAUUGAUCCCGAGUCUAGCGCGGGCAAAGAACUCGAGGAAAAUGGUCGCGGUGCUGCUACUGGAGAUGGGAGGUUCCUCAGAAGUCUGAAGCUCGGGGAUAUGGUAACCGUUUGGGGGCGUGCGAGAUUCCCCGGAUGGAAUAACAGCGUCCAGAAAGUUCGAGUGGCGGUUUAUUGGGCAUUGUAG